AUGUCCCAACCCCAGUACACCGUCCUGCGCAUCAAGCGCAAGGCGACCGAAACUCCCCUCUCGCAGCUGGUUAUCAGCGGCGACCCGACUGCCGAGCGCGCUCACAAGCGUCGCGAUGUCUCCAUCCGUGGACGCGGUGUAUUCCGUCUCGCCGAGACGGUGCCCCAGACAUGGCAAGGCAGUGGAGAGGAGGGCGAGGUGCUGAAAUCUCGUAUUGAGGUACUGUUGUCCGGCAGUGGGAGCGCAUCGCCGUCGCCGGCGGUUAACCAGUGGUUGGCGAGCAGCCGGCAAGCGGGGACGACGGCGCCGACGGCCGCUCCAGCGCCAGCAGCACCAGAGGCUCCAGCAGCUCCAGUCGUCCCUGCUGCACCUGCUCCUGCUCCAGGACCGUCGUCCCGCACGACUCAGUUCCGUGUUAUGCCUCGCCCACCAAAGAGGGACCCCAACCUGCCUCCUCGUGUGAUCACCAAUGCCGAGCUGGACGCGGCACGGAGCGCCCUCGUGUUUGUCGACGCACAGGCCGUCAGGUCAUCAUCGACGCCCGAUGAGCCAGAAGACAAGGAGAUGGCGGCGUUCCAGUCCAUGCUGACCGAGUACCUCAAACUGGAGGCUCAAGGAGCUACCAAGCGCCCGCCUCCGGCUCGGGCUGAGGACGGAGAUGACGACGGUGAUGGCGACUACGUGUACGACCUGUACUACAGAGACUUGAGGACCGAUGGGCUUGAUGUCAGCGGCGAGGGUAUCGGUGCGCUUCUCGGCUACGAUGACCUGUCUCCACCCUCCACCCCUCCCGACUCUGAGCCUGAGGACGAGGCGGAUGAAGACUCAAACGACGAGGACUACUACCGCAACGAGUACCCCGAGGACGAAGAUGCCGACGAGGACAUGGAGGGGUUCGAUGAUGCCUACUCUGACGGCGCGUGGAGCCGGGACUCGAACCAGGAAGACGACGAGCGUGACCCGUGGGAUGGCUACAGAUAA